AUGGCUACUAAAAUAGCUGGCGUUGUUAUGACGGUGACUGUAGGAAUUGGAUCAGACUAUGUCACCUUGUCGAUGACCUGUUUCUUUAUGUGGACAGCGCUGUGGCAGGGAUGUUGUGCAAUGCAAUGCUUCACUUAUGUGAUUCUUCUGCGCGAACCCCGAGCAAAGUCGCGUACAACAUUGCGUGUCUCGAUAGUCACCACCACUCAACAUGAUUAU